AAACGGGAGGUUGGGAAGCUUUGUCUUCAACCAGGGCGACAUUGUUCACUUACAACAGGAGAAAAUUUCCUUUUCGGAUCAAGUCUUGGCGGCGCCCCCUUCAGUACAAAGACAUCAGCUCACCCGACCACGAUUGCGGUUAAGAAGUCGAAGCUUCGGAGAUGACUGAAGCACUGCUGAGAGGGAGCAGUACUGCAGGGGCUGUGGUUACCACGCUGGCUGCCAUGACUUUGGGCGUCGCUCUUGCUGCAUCCCCGGUAGGAAGCCAGGCGCUCAACGAAGAGCAGCACUGCAUCUACGAUGAGCUCGAUCCGAACCAUCUGCCUCGGGGUCAGCCUGAUGUUUGAAAGAAAGUCUUCUUCCGUGGCACUCCGCGAUGCUGUUGUUGUUCGGUUGUUGGCGCGGAGGCGGUUGUGUUGUUGUGGCGAAGGGGGGGAACUCGAAGUGCGCGCCCCUUCAAAACAGGAUUUCGCGCAGGCCCCCCACCACAGCGUACAAGCAGCAAUAAGAAAGAGAGCGGCGAUGACUUACUCACAGAUGCUCUUGAAGCUCUUGUUUGAACGUUGCUCCUCCGAUUUUUCAGAGAUUGCGAAGGAGACUCGCCGCCGAGCAGCUGUUCUGAAAGGACGCAAUGGGGCGCGGAUCAUUCGAGAAUAUCUGCAGAACGUCAACCUCCCUUCCCCGUCGAUAAUCGCCGGUCGGCACGGGCUUUGGGGAUGCUGGAGCAUCUACCGCCAUCAUCGGUGGCAAGGGGCCUGCGAGAGCGAGGGAGCACUUACCGAAUCUCGACACGAAACGGGACCAUGCCGGGGGCAUAUGACCAGCGCUCGCUUGAGGACGUUAUGCAAUGUGAGCUGCCUCUCCUCUAGCUCUGCUCAGCUCCGGGGCUGGUGUUAGUGAAGCCGGAGGUGGAGGGAUUCCUCAUGGAGGACGCGAGCGGAGAGGGAGGCAAAACUUACCAGAGCUCGAAGACACAAUGCGAUGGACGAUCGCCGCGUGUUCGAGGACGUCCUGCGCUGUCAAGUCCUUGAAAGCAACACCCCGUCACCAAGAGUGUUGGGAUGUGCCGCUUCCACUGGUUUGGUGACGCGAAGGGACGUGAGCUCACCCGGC